CAGUCUCGCUGCGCCGCCGCUCUAGACGCGUCAGCAACAGCGCUGACAAUUGGAAUCGCUGCCAAGUCUUCCCCAGCACCGCUGUGGUGUCGCGCGCGGCGCCCCCCUCUCUCCCUCCCCGUCCCCCUCCCCUGCUCCUAUCCCCAACCUAUCUGCAUCCCAGUGAUCUGCGUUUCAGGUUGCCCCUCCCCCUUCCAUCCCCAACCCAUUGAUGCCGGCCGUUGGAGGUCAGCAGCAAUCGGUGGUCACGCUUCUGCAGCGCGUAUUUCAGCUGCAGUAUAUCCUUCGGGGACUGCACACAAAGCACCCCCUUCUUCCCAGCUCAACAACAUUGGACAGUCAAGAUGGAUAGAAGUUGGGUGCAUGCUAGAUUGUUUUCCCAUGAAUACAUCAAUGGCAUCAAGGAGUUUAUGAGUUUCAUUCACGAGAAAUUUGGUGAGGACGAAGAAAUUUUAUGCCCAUGUAGUAGAUGUCUUAAUCAAAAGUACCAACAUCAAGCUCUUGUAGAGAGGCAUCUAUUGAUGAAUGGUAUGGAAAGCACAUACACUCGAUGGAUUCAUCAUGGAGAGAGUCUUGAUGCAUAUUUUGAAGAACAUCCUAUUGAUGUGCAUGAUAAUGGCUUGUUUCAUGGGUUAGGUGAGACUGAGGAGAACAAUUGUGAUGAUGAUAAUUUGAACAGAUUGUUACAUGACCUGCACAGUGCAGAGAAUUUGAACCAAGAUGGUGAAAAUGAGGAUGGAAACCGUGAUGCAGAACCUAGUGACAAUGAGUCAUUUUUCAAAGUAGUGAUGAAAGAGGCUAAGCGUCGGCUUUAUCCAGGUUGCACCAAAUUCUCAAAGUUGACUUUUGUGGUGAAGCUUCUUCAUAUGAAGUCAUUGUAUAGGAUAUCCAAUUCAGCAUUUACUGCAAUGUUAAAGCUAUUGACUGAAGCUUUUCCAGAAUGUAAUACACUCCCAAAAUCAUAUUAUGAAGCGAAGACUCUUUUGAAGGAAUUAGGUCUUGGAUAUGAAUCAAUACAUGUGUGCUACAAUAAUUGUGUGCUAUUUAGAAAGAAAUAUGCCAUGCUUGACAACUGUCCUGUUUGUGGUCUCUCAAGAUGGGUUGAUGCUGAAAGAAAAAAGGUCCCACAGAAAGUGUUACGCCAUUUUCCGUUGAUACCUAGGCUACAGAGGAUGUUCGUGAACAAAGAAGCAGCAGAACAAGCACAGUGGCACGAGCUAAAGCGAAAUCCCAAGGAGAAGGAAAUGAGCCACCCAGCUGAUGGUGAGGCAUGGCAUGAUUUUGACAAACAAUAUCCAGAUUUUGCAAAAGAUGCCAGAAACCUUAGACUUGGCCUAGCUACCGAUGGGUUUAACCCAUUUUCAGAAAAAAAAAUACUAAAUACAGCAUGUGGCCUGUACUUGUUGUGCCAUACAACCUUUCACCUUGGGUGUGCAUGGAUGAGUCAAAUUUCAUGAUGGCUUUGCUUAUUCCUGGUCCCGCAUCACCUGGGAAGGAUUUUGAUGUAUUCUUGGAGCCUCUUAUAGAAGAUUUACUUGAGCUUUAGAUAGGUGUACGUACUUACGAUGCUCUAAGUGGAACAAAGUUUAACCUUCGUGCUGCAGUUUUAUGGUGCAUCCACAAUUACCCAGCUUUGAGCACUCUUUCAGGGCGUACAACCAAAGGCUAUUUCGCAUGUACUCAUUGUGACAAGCACCCUCUUUCAUAUAGACUAAGGAGCAAAAUCGGUUAUUUUGGGCAUUUUCGCUUUCUUCCCGUGGGACAUCGUUUGUGUAAAAAUAAUGGAUUUGUGUUGGCCUUCAUGAAAGCAAUGAUCCCCCAAGUAAAUUCUCUAUAGAAGAGUUGAUGGCUGAACUGGAGAGAGUUAAACAUGUCAGGCCUGGAAAGCAUCAAGAAAGUAAGAAAAGGAAGCAUUCUUGUUUGGACAACGAUCAUGUAGUAAUUUGGAGUCGGAAGGUUAGUUUAUGGAAGUUACCAUAUUGGAAGAAUUUGAAACUGAGACAUAAUAUUGAUAUCAUGCAUAUCAAGAAAAACAUAUGUGACAACAUAAUUGGGACAAUUCUUAAUAUACCUGGGAAGACAAAGGACAUAGUUAAAGCUAGACUUGAUCUGAAAGAUUUGGGUAUUAGGAAGGAGCUGCAAUUUAGGGUGAAUGGAGAUUCAUGUGAGAUGACUCGUGCAAGAUAUACUUUGUCCACAGAACAAAAGAAGGCCUUUUGUGAUUUUUUACGAGAGGUGAAGUUUCCAGAUGGAUUUGCCUCCAACAUAUCAAGAUGUUUAAAUGUUGAGGGAACCAAGUUACAAGGGCUUAAAACACAUGAUUGUCACAUUCUUUUGCAAAGAAUAUUACCAGCUGCUAUGAGAGGGUUUUUGGACAAGGAUAUUUAUGAAGCGUUAGCGGAGUUGGGGAAAUUUUUUAGGGAAUUGUGCAGCAAAACUCUUAACAAGGAUGUGUUGGCUGAAAUGAAGAAAGAAAACCCAAUAAUUUUGGUGAAGCUUGAGAAAAUAUUUUCCCCGGCUUUCUUUGAUGUGAUGGUUCACUUAGCUGUACAUGUACCUGAUGAAGCAUUGCUGCGAGGUCCUGUGCAAUAUGGUUGGAUUUACCCAAUUGAAAGGCGGUUGUAUACUUUAAAGCGCUAUGUGAGGAAUAGGGCGCGGCCGGAAGGCUCAAUUGCUGAGGCAUAUAUUGCGGAUGAGUGCUUGACGUUUUGCUCUAGAUACAUGGAUGACGUUGAAACAAGAUUUAAUCGGGAACCAAGAAAUAAAGGCUUUUCUAAUGAGGAUGCCUAUAGCGUUGAUGUUUUUGGGCAUGGAGUUCAUUUCACGUCUGCACCUGAACUUGUAUUUGAUGAUACUGCCAUUGAUCAAAUGGUGUGGUAUAUUCUAAACAAUUGUAGUCAGGUUGACAAAUAUAUGAGAAUGUUUAUAGAAGAAUUAGAGGGAGCAGGGACACCUAACAUUGAAAGAACAUUGCGGCAAGGAUUUCAGACUUGGUUCAGGAACCAUGUGCUAAGGUUGCGGAAUAUGAAUCAAGAAGAGGUUGAUGAUGAUCUAUUUUCAUUAGCUUGUGGUCCUGAUUUAAGAGUUAGAAAAUACUCCUCAUGCAUAGUGAAUGGUGUGCGGUUUAACACCAUCGACCGUGACAAGCAUCGAAAGACACAAAAUUGUGGAGUAAUGACAAGAGGUACACAUAACAGCGAUGAAAUUGAUUUUUUUGGAACCUUAAGGGAGAUUAUUCAAUUAGAAUAUAACUUUGAUGGGAGAUCAGUAGUUUUGUUUAAAUGUGAUUGGUUUAAACUGGAUGGGAAGAGGACUGAACUUAAAGAUGAUGGUUUCUUUAAAAGCAUCAAUCUUGGAAGUCUAUGGUACAAGAAUGAUUCGUUUAUUUUGGCCACUCAAGCAAGGAAGAUCUUCUAUUUUACCGAACACAAAGUUCGGCAAAAACUGCUGCUGAAAUCACAAAGUUAAUGAAAGGAAAAGGCCUAGAAGUGCAUCAAAGUGAUAGUGAACAUGAAGAAGAUGAUGACACAAUUUUGGAGUAUUGCAGUGAAGCUGAAGAAGGAGCCGCAAAUGAGAUUGAUACUGAUGAUGAAUAGCCAAUUCAGUUUGAUACAAUUUUCAGACCAUUUUCUUGUAAUAUCAUUUGUAAUAUUUAUUUGGAUAGACAGUUAGUAUUUUGUAAUAUUUAGUUGUGACAUUUAUCAGAAUGGACCAUGUUCAAUUCA